AUGGCGUCAGUAGCUGGGAAAGCAAACCCAUAUUUUCUUGCUGCUCCAUCAUCUCACUCUCACUUUUAUCCCUCACCUAAUUUUACCCACAAAAACUUAAUAAAAAUCCCAUUGUCCUCUGAUCCUCCAAGUCCGAGGCUGAUUUCGGUGCGUUCCAACAACCCCAACCUCGAUUCCAUCAAAAUGGAUCAGACUGCGUCCGGGUUGGGAUCAGGACCUGGGAACCAGAUCCAUUCGAAUGCAUCUUCCUCUCCUUCUGCUUCCAUUGAUUUCCUCACUCUGUGCCAUCGUCUGAAGACUACAAAACGAAAAGGAUGGAUUAAUCAUGGCAUAAAGGGUCCUGAAUCUAUUGCUGAUCAUAUGUACCGCAUGGCAUUGAUGGCUUUGAUUGCUGAUGACCUUCCUGGAGUGAACAGGGAAAGGUGUAUCAAGAUAGCACUCGUUCAUGAUAUUGCAGAAGCUAUUGUUGGAGAUAUAACACCAUCUGAUGGUGUGCCAAAGGAAGAGAAAAGUAGACUGGAACAAGCAGCUUUGAAUGAAAUGUGCAAGGUUCUUGGUGGAGGGAUGAGAGCUGAAGAGAUCCAAGAACUCUGGCAAGAGUAUGAAAACAACUCUUCCUUAGAGGCCAAUCUUGUGAAAGAUUUCGACAAAAUCGAAAUGAUUCUGCAAGCCUUGGAGUAUGAAACGGAGCACGGGAAGGUUUUGGAUGAAUUCUUUCUAUCAACUGCAGGAAAAAUUCAAACUGAAAUAGGAAAGAGAUGGGCAGCAGAAGUCACUUCCAGGAGAAAUUCAAGAUUGGCAAACAGGCAAUGUUAG